UCCAUCAUCUUCAUCACCACCUCUUUCUCUCUCAUACUAUUUCCCAGAUUUCAGAGCUCACGAAGAACAAACAUGGAAGAUCAGCUCAUAACCAAAACAAACAAUGAACAAGAAGAUGAAGUAUCCGUACGCACCAAAUCAAACCUCCAAUACAACAACACAUCUAAUGAAGUGUACUUCGACGAUGUUGACAGCUCAUGCUCAACUCCCUUCGUUAGCGCUCCAACAAGUCCUGACCGUGCUGAAUCGGUUAACUUCGGAGGCGGCGGUUUCUUCUACAGUGCUCCGGCUAGUCCAAUGCAUUUCGUCCUCUGUUCCGUUUCUCCGAAACGGAGUACUCCUCCUUUGUCCGAACCGUCACUCUCCUUUGAUUUCGGUUUCUCCGCUAGACACGGAACUACAGUCGAUUCAGCAUCUGGAGGAUCGAUGAGUUCCGCCGAUGAGUUGUUCUUUAAUGGUCAGAUCCGGCCAAUGAAGCUCUCUAAUCAUCACAAAACUCUAGCGCCGUUACCUGAUCUGGAUGAAUCUGAAGAACAUGGAACAGAUCAUACAGAUGAUGGUUCUGUUGGAAGAGGUCGAGAUCUGAAAUGUAACGAUAGAUCUUUGAGGCGUAGAGCUAGAUCCACUUCUCCUUUAAGAAAAUCUUCCUUUCAAUGGCUAGACGUUGAGGAAGAGGAUGCAGAGAAGACGGAGAUAACUGAAACAAUCGAAGACAAGAACAACGAAUCAUCGCCAUCGGCAUUGGGAGAAACUGAAACUGAAACUACGCCGUCGAUGUCAACUUCAUCUUCUAGGUCAUCAUCAACUAAUCGGAACUCGAAGAAAUGGUUGUUUCUCAAAGAUCUACUCCACAGGAGUAAAAGUGAAGGUAGUAGUACUAGUAGUAACAACGGUCAAAGAUUCUGGAGCUCCAUCUCGUUUUCACCUGUCAAGGACAGAAAAGCUUCAACGCCGUCGCCGUCGCUUCCGCCGGCGGCGGAAUCCGGCGGGGAAAAGAAGAAAUCAACGAAGAAGGUGGUAAUGAAUGGUGUUGCAGGAAAGAGUAGGAGUAGAGGAGUACCAAUGUCGGCACAUGAACUUCAUUACAAGGCAAGUAGGGCACAGACUGAAGAGAUGAGGAAGAAGACAUUCUUACCGUACAAGCAAGGAGUGUUGGGUUGUUUGGGAUUUAGUUCGAAAAGCUAUGGAGCCAUGAAUGGGUUUGCUAGAGCUCUGAAUCCAGUUUCAUCCAGGUAAGAAAUCAGAUCAGGAAAUGGUAAUAAUCAAUCAAACAUCUCUGAACAUCUUCUUCUUCUUCUUCAUAUCCCAUCAGGAACUGUAUAGAUGAUGAUGAUUGCUAUUUUUGUUUGUUUUAUAAUUUGUUUUGUUCCAUAUAUCAUCUAUUAUCUGUAUGUUGAUAUCUGCAAUUGAAUUGAAUUGGGACCCGCCUUCCAUUCCUGAGUUUGGGAAAAGGGACCUCAGUUUAUUAGUUCCACAUUUAUGUGUAUUAUUUAUGAACCCUAAUUGUUUCUUUCUUGAAAGAGGUGUCCCCAGUCCCCACCACCAUUCAAUACUGUCCUUGUACAAUAAUAAACUUUGUGAUUAAAUUAUGUCAAGACCUCU